CUUAUAUGGAAAAAUCAUUUCAUAGAACUUAACAUUUCUAGAAAUAAAAGUUUUAUGAGUAGUUAAAUCAUAUAAUUUGUAUCCUUUAGAACCUAAAGAAUAGCCAAUAAAGAUGCAUUUAUGUGCCCUAGAAUGGCUAAUUUUUUAUGGGGUACUUCUAAUUAUAGACCCAAAUAUCAUUGGGUCAGUUGGAAGAAAAUUAGCUAUCCCAAAGAAGAAGGGGGUUUGGAUAUUAGAUCACUUAAAGAUGUUGAAAGAGCUUUUUCACUUAAAAUGUGGUGGAAAUGGAAGACUUCUUCCUGUUUUUGGUCUGAGUUCAUGAAAGCUAGAUAUCCUAGGGAGGGGGAUAUGAGGAUUAAAAUUGCGGACUCACCCAUUUGGAGAAGACUCUGUUUGGUUAAUGAUCUGGCUACUUGUUUAAUAGACUCCUCAGACAAUCAGUUCACCUGGAAAGAUACAAAAAAUGGUCAGUUUACUCUUAAAUCUGCCUAUCAUGCUAUUAGGCAUUCUUUGGGUUCCUCUUAUGCAUUUAAACAGCUAUGGCAUCCACAGCAACAACCUAAAAUCAAAAUUUUUCAAUGGAGGCUUUUCAAAGGGGUUUUACCUAUUACUGACAAGUUGAUUCAUUUUAGGAGGAUCAUACAACCUUCUAUUUGUCCUCUUUGUAGGAAUGAUGAUGAUUCUACUAUUCACAUUUUCCUGGAAUGUGACUUCUCUAAAGCUAUUUGGUCAUAUUUUGCUCAGAUAAUGUCCAUUCCUAUGCCUUCUCAUUGCUCUUAUAUUCGUAACAUCUUUCUGAUUUGGUGGUUUGAGGCUGGUAGUAAAAACCUAAUUGACUUGUUCAAACACAACCUUCCUGGAAUUAUAUGUUGGAACAUUUGGAAGGUUUAUACUGAUCAAAUUUGGGGCACUGGAUCUAGGACGCCUAAUUUUGCUUACACUAUCUGGCAAAUUAAACUCUAUACUCAGAAUUGGGUUUUAAGUCUUUCGAAUCAGAAAUUGGGCAAAAUAGAUACCAUUUUAUACGAAGAACGACUUAUUCCUCAGGGUUUUAAGCUUAAACAUAGACUGUUAAAACCCAUCAGUUGGUUGAAACCUAACAGAGGAUUGAAGUUGAAUAUUGAUGCAGCUUACAUACCAGAUUCGGCCUCGGGUGGUGCGAUUUUGAGGUAUCACAGGGGAGAAUUGGUGGAGAUCGACGUUGAAGCUGUUCUUAGCUUCCUUUCAGAUGGAUUCAACGUUGCUAGGUCUGAGGAAGUUGUUUCGUUCAGACAGCUCUGCUUCAGGAAAGGGGUCAGGUUCAGACACAUUUUUAGAGAAGGUAAUAGGCCAGCCCAUUAUCUUGCAGCACUACAUCCGACCCAUUUCAUGUCUUGGACUGCGGUUAAUUUGUUGCCUAGCCCAGUCCGAAUUGAAUUCAAUUUUGAUUUUUUCAAUAUUCCUUAUAUUAGAUGGCUUGUUUAGUUUUAUUUCUUCUGAUGGGUCAGGUCGAGCCCCCCCAUCAGAUUUUGUGUUUAUUUUGUCUCUGGUGUUUUUUGGGAAGGAUG